AUGGAUCUACGCAAUCCGCAGGCCAUGUAUACAGGCAAUCCACAGAGCAAGUAUACACCCAACCCGCCGACAAUGGAUACAUCCAACGCGCAGCUCAUGUAUGCCCUCAGUCCGCAGCCUUUCGGAAAUCCGUCCAUGCACAUGGGGACGAUGUCACCAGAGGCCAUCAGGGGCCAAAAUGGCAGCAACGUCGAGGUGAAUGAACCCCUCCCUUGGGCAAAAGAGCAUAACCCACAAGAGCCCGAGCAUGAAGAGCAGAAGCUUUUAAAGGCGAUGCUCCUGCAAGAACUGGAAGUACGAGACGACUUCGAGGCCAUGGAACCCCUUUUCCAGGCAGAACAGGACAACUCACAAGAGUCCAAGGAUGAAGAGGAGAAGCUUCUAAAGGCGAUGCUCCUGCAAGAACUGGAAACACAAGACAACAUCGAGGUCGAGGAACCCCUUCCUCAGGCACAAGAAGACAACUCCCAAAAGCCCAAGGACGAGGAGCGGGAGCGUUUAGAGGCAAUGUUCCUAGAGGAGCUGGAAGCACAAGACACCAUCGAUGCCAAGGAGCCCCUUCCCUGGGAAGAAGAAGACAAGUUGCAAGGGCUCAGCGACGAAGAGGAGCAACGCUUGGAGGCACUAUUUCAAGAGGAGGUGGAAGAACAAGACAACGUCGAGGCCAAGGAACCCCUUUUCCAGGCAGAACAGGACAACUCACAAGAGUCCAAGGAUGAAGAGGCAAUGCUCACGAAAGAGCUGGAAGGACAAGACGACGUCCACGUCUCACCCGAGGAGCAGAAGGAGGACAAGCCACAAGAGCUCGAGGACGAGGAGCAGGAGCGUCUAGAGGCGAUGCUCCUGGAGGAGCUGGGACGACAAGACUACGACUUCCGAGUCUCACGCCGGCAGGAGGAGGAGGAGGAUGAGGAGGAGGAAGAGCAGGAGGAGGAAGCAGAAGAGGAAGCGCGCCGCAAGAAGAAAGAAGAGGGGAUGAAGCAGUGGGAAAUCGCCAAGAUCCCCAAGAUCGGCACCACUCGGCUGUUCUACGAUCCUCCCAACCCCAACGUCGGCGGCCACAAGGACUACUCGGCCCCGUCCACCUUCACCUCGGGCCAGGACAAGAGGGAGGCCAGGAAGGCCCAGACGGCGCAGAAGAGACUGGACAAGCAGCAGGCCGCCGCCGAGGCCAGGGCGCAGGAGAAGGCCGCCAAGUGCGCCGCCAAGAAGGCCGAGCAGGAGGCCGCGAGGCAACUCAAGAUGGACCAGAGAGAGGCCGACAAGAUGCGCAAGCAGGCCGAGGAGCAGGCCAGGAAGAUGCAAAAGGCCGCCGAGAAGCAAGCAAAGCAGUUGAACAAACAUCAGCAGUACCUGACAUGGGAAGUCGCGUGCCCAGAUGACUUUGGAACCUGGGUGGAGACGGCUGAAGGGCAGUUGGCAUACAAGAGAUCACUUCUAAUGGGAAUCAAGAUGACUGGUCGGAGGCUCGCUUGGAUGGAUUUUCACUUGGAAGAUGAUGUCGACAACGGUGCCCUACAAAUCGCCAUCGCCCUUGAAAGUCGUGCUACCACCACCCUCCAUACCGGCCACGACUUUUGUCCUCGUGAUGCGGCCGUUCUUGGCAUCCAUGUAGAUGAGCGAAACAAUGUCCAGCCCCAUGUACGGCUGGUAGACGUACUGCAUCUCAAACUCCAUCGGCUCGCCGUCGAUGCUGAUGGUCUUGUUGUGCCCCGUAAAUGUCAUGUCGCGGCUGUAGUAGCCGGCCACGGACCUCGAGACCUCGUCCCCCCUGUCGUUGAGGUAGAUGUCGUACAUGGUUCCGUUCUGAGCCAGCACCCGGUUGCGGUGGUUGUGUCCGCUGUAGUUGUUGACGCUGAAGAGGAUGUUAUAGGCGAGGUGGUACUCGAGGCUGCGCUUGCUGAGGCCGUUCUCGUCCACCGGGUCCGUGAUGACACCGACCGUGUCGUUGAUCACACCGCCGACCGUGUUACCCAGCGUCGCCACGAUCGGGUUCAGGUCGAUCGAGUCGAGCACGUCGUUGACCAUCUGCAGGAGGUUGCCUAA